AUGACAAGGAAUAUACUAUUAACUCCUGGAGAGACGAUUCAAAUUAAUUCUCAAGUAUUUUCAGUGAAUUUAUAUUCAUCAUCGGAUCAAAAUAAUUUAAAUGAUGAAUUUCAAAAAUCAAUUAGUGGACAAGUAGAAAACACAGAAUUUAUUCAAUGUAAAGAUCAUUUGUUUACAAUUGAUAAUUUAUUACACGCUGAUGAGUGUAGAGAAAUUUUACGCAUGGAAGAUUCCAUUUACUUUACACCAAUUUCGUCCGAAUAUCCUGAAGAGUAUAGAAAUAGCAAACGAAUUGUUUAUAAUGAUAAAGAACUUUCACAGAGAUUAUGGCGACGAUUGAAAAAGUUUCUAGUUGAUUGCAAUUUCAUGAAACCGUAUGGUUUAGACACGGAUGGAUAUUGGAUUCCAAUUGGUGUGAAUGAAUGUUUGAGAUUGAGUAAAUAUGAACCAGGGAAUUAUUUCAAACCUCACACAGAUGGUCAAUUUCUCAGAAAUGAUAAUGAGAGAAGUAUUUAUACUUUACUAAUCUAUUUGAACGAUGAUUUUAAAGGAGGAGAAACCGAAUUCUUACAAAGAGUAGAUCCAACAGAGGAGUCUAUCACCAAAUUCAAACAUAUUUGUGCAAUUAAUCCAAGAAUGGGAUCUGCUGCAAUAUUUAAUCAUGAAUUGUAUCAUCAGGGAUGUAUGGUCACUUCAGGGAUCAAGUAUAUUUUGAGAACUGAGAUAAUGUUC